GGGGACAAAACUCUGGUGGUUUGUUGACAUUUGACUACAGACGGGCCAAUGAAAAAAAAGUUUGUUGACCUGAUGCCUGAUGAUAAGAGCUGGAACUUCGGAGCCUACUUUGUGACCUGGGAUGACCUGAUAAAGAACAUAGGCUUUCCCUUAGAAAAUAGAAAUCUGUCGUGCGGGCUGGCAAGAUGGUUCCUGCACGUUGCCUUUCGUGUCGAAAGCUGUUGCCUUUGAUUUACAGUUACAGAAUUCACAAUAAAAGUAUUUUGGAAAAUGCGAUUCCAAACUCGCGGACGCUCAUCCGAGGACUUUCCAGCAUUUCGUCAACUCCGGUCUUCUCUGAGCGAGCUUAUGUUAAGAAUUUAAGAUUGGCAAAUCUUUCUUUCAUUAAUAGAUCUGGAUACAAAUCGAGACCAAAUUCUCAUCUAUUAGAUCUAUCCUACGUUUCAGGACUUAGUCUUGGCUUCGGUUCCAAAUGCAGUUUGCACACUUCUUCGCGCUCAUGUUCGAGUAAUGUUGCAUUAACAAGUGACCGCUAUCCUAACUUAGAACGAGGGCCUUUUGCUGUUUUAAAUGAACAAGAUAUUGCUUACUUUGAGCAGCUUAUACCUGGGUAUGUGAUCACAGAUCCAGAUGAGCUCCAAGCAUACAACACUGACUGGCUCAAAACUGUCAGAGGUGCAAGUAAAGUUCUCCUGAGACCCAAAAAGACAGAAGAAGUUUCUGCCAUUGUCAAGUAUUGUUAUGAGCGAGGGCUGGCAGUCGUUCCACAAGGGGGCAACACUGGUCUGGUCGGAGGUAGUGUGCCAGUGUUUGACGAGGUUAUCAUCUCCACACAGCUCAUGAACGAGAUCAGAAGUCUGGACCCCAUCUCAGGUACCCUAGUUUGUCAAGCAGGCUGUGUACUUGAGACCUUGAACCAGUACGUUCAAGGUCAUGAUCUUACCAUGCCGUUGGACCUGGGGGCCAAAGGAAGUUGCCAAAUCGGGGGAAAUGUGUCCACCAAUGCUGGAGGUAUUCGUCUGCUCCGCUAUGGCUCUUUGCAUGGCUCUGUGCUGGGUCUGGAGGCGGUUCUUCCUUCUGGAGAGAUAGUAGACUGUCUGACCACACUGCGCAAAGACAACACCGGCUACGAUCUCAAGCAGCUCUUUAUCGGAGCAGAGGGCACCCUGGGCAUCAUAACAGCUGUCAGCAUUCUCUGCCCACAGCAGCCACGAGCGGUGAAUGUCGCUCUUCUAGGCUGUGCCUCUUUCAACGAUGUUGUGAGUGUUUUCAAGUCAAGCAAGUCCCACCUGGGUGAAGUUCUGUCAGCAUUUGAGUUCAUGGACUCCCAUACAAUGCAGCUGAUGAAAGAAAAUCUGCACUUGUCCUGCCCAUUGCCUGAUUUCCCAUUCUACGCCCUAGUGGAAUGCAGCGGCUCCAAUGGCGCACACGAUGAGGAAAAGUUGAUGGGUUUUUUGGAGUACACCCUGGAGACUGGGGAGGCUCUAGACGGCACUGUGGCCACUGACAUGACCAAAAUACAGAACAUCUGGGGUCUGCGAGAGCGUUGCGCUGAGGCCCUGAUGCAUGAUGGGUACAACUACAAGUACGACGUCUCCCUGCCCCUGUCCAACUUCUACCAGCUGGUGGAGGACAUGAGAGAGAGGCUGGAGGGGAACGCCAUACGCGUGGUGGCAUACGGUCAUUUGGGAGAUGGCAACCUUCACCUGAACAUGACCACAGCUAAGUACGAGCCAACCACCAUGGCCCUGAUUGAGCCCUUCAUCUACGACUGGGUGUCUCAACAACGGGGCAGUGUCAGCGCUGAGCAUGGGCUGGGCUUCAAGAAGAGGGAUUUCAUCUACCACAGCAAGUCCCCGGCCGCCGUGCGUCUUAUGGCCACCAUCAAGCGAGCCCUUGACCCCAAAGGCAUCAUGAACCCGUACAAAGUGCUGCCUGCGGGGCUGGAGUAGAGGCACUCACGUUUGUUGGUCUGUUUGUUUGUUUGAGUAAAGAGAAGCACAUCGACAC